CGAGGUUGAGCAUCCCUCGUGGCCGAGGGUCGUACAAUCCAUGCUGAUAUUCCGGGCGAGCACACAUAAUCAACCCGCACCCCCACUCACAGCUUCGACAUCCGGAAGACAGCUGGUCCCUUUUCAUGGCGUAGCAACACGAGGUAGUAUUGUGGUUUCUUCCUUGGAAGGCUCUGUCGAAGUUCUCCGUUCUUUCGCGCGCUAUUUUAGAUCUCACGCUCAACAAAGCGGAUGUGAUGAUAGAUAUACCGCUGGUUACAACAUUUUGCCCAAGAAUUUUUAAACGAAACCCUCGCCUUGUCAUCACAUCUCUGGCUGAAUUUUUCAUAGACCGGCAACUGGGGCGUCCCUGUGCCGGGUUAUUGGAACGGGUGCUGAAAGUAUCCUUCAGUAUUAUGCAUAUAAUUUCUGCCAGAAAUUGCACGUUGCUUGUGAUACAGAAUUUGUGAUACCCUUGUUGUUUAGAUCGAAAAUCGGAUGUUCCUAGAAUGGUGCUUUGAAGGACUAAUAGCACUUUGGGGUCAACUAUCGCAAUAAUGUUUGCAAAUACUCUCUGUGCUGGUCUCCUUUUCACUGGCCAGGUUCUUGGUGUUGCUCAUUCCCAUGGUUCCAAGGCUUCGAAGAUAUUAGACCGCAAUAUUCUAUCCCAACGUUUAGACAAGCGGGAAUCGAAUAUCCAGGCUCCCCUCUACCCGACAAAAUUCAGUGGGGUAACCUGGGACAAUACAAACUGGAGGUUAACGACAACGGUCCUUGACCAAGGUCACUAUCAAUCCCGUGGCUCGAUCGCAAACGGUUACUUGGGUAUCAGCGUUGCCGCAGUGGGACCUUUUUUUGAGCUGGACGUGCCAGUCAACGGCGACGUGAUCAAUGGAUGGCCUCUUUUCUCUCGACGGCAGACUUUUGCGACGAUUUCCGGAUUUCAUGACCUACAACCCGAAACAAAUGGUACUAACUUCCCCUGGAUGAAUCAAUAUGGAGGCGAAAGCGUCAUCAGCGGCGUUCCACAUUGGAGCGGAAUGAUCUUAGACCUCGGGCAGGACGGGUAUCUGGAUGCAUCUGUGGAGAACAGUACAAUUUCAGACUUUGUUUCCACGUUGGACAUGAAGGCGGGGACUUUAACUUGGAAAUAUAAGUGGACUCCUGCGGGCCGUAAUGACAGCUUUGAUAUCGCCUACCAGCUAUUUGCCCAUAAACUACACGUCAACCAAGCAGUCGUGCAUAUGGAGAUCACCCCAUCGACUAAUAUAGAUGCGACAAUCGUUAACAUAUUGGAGGGUUACUCUGCUGUUCGCACUCAAUUUGCUGGUUCCGGAACUGACGGGCAGGCUAUUUACUCGUCUGUCCGGCCUGACGGUAUUAGCAACGUUACCGCCUAUAUCUAUGCUCAAAUGGCAGGCACAGAUGAGGUAGACAUGUCUACCCUCUCUCUUGUCACCGAUAAGCCUUAUAUUCGGAGAAAUGACUCGACAAUUGCGCAGGCUGUGAGCGUCAGAUUAAGAGCUGGGGUAACAACGGGGGUAACAAAAUUUGUGGGAGCCGCUUCGACAGAUGGAUUUGCAGACCCUCGGCUGGUGGCCAAAGAUUCUUGUGCCAAGGCACUGAACAAUGGAUUUGAAACGUCCCUAAGGUCCCAUAUCGGCGAAUGGGCGAUUGUGUUCCCGGAUGAUUCUGUUGAUAAUUUCUCUUUGCCGGACACAGGUCACUUGCCGCUGGACAAUCACAUUAUAGAAUCUGCGAUAACAGCAGUAGCCAACCCUUAUUACCUACUUCAGACGACAGUCAGUACGAAUGCAAGGAAAGCUGUCAACGAUGCCCCAAUAAAUAGAGGAAGUAUGGCUGUUGGUGGAUUGACUUCAGAUUCUUACGCAGGACUUGUUUUUUGGGAUGCAGAUAUCUGGAUGCAGCCAGGAUUUGUACCCGCGUUCCCCGAAGCGGCUCAGUCCUUUACCAACUACCGGGUUGAUAAAUACGGACAAGCUUUAGCAAAUGCUCAGACCGCUUUCACUUCGUCAAAGAACCGGACGCAUAUCUCCCCGGAUGCUGCUAUUUAUUCCUGGACCAGUGGGCGCUUCGGAAAUUGCACGGGAACAGGUCCCUGUUUCGACUACCAAUAUCAUCUCAAUGGAGAUAUUGGGCUGCAGCUCAUCAACAAUUGGGUUACGACUGGAGAUACGGAAUAUUUUAAGUCGGACCUUUUUCCUCUCUAUAACUCGAUCGCUACCCUAUUUGCCGAUGUCUUGGAGAGAAACGGAUCGAAAUGGACUCUUACGAACAUGACGGAUCCAGAUGAAUACGCUAAUCACGUCGAUGCUGGUGGCUUUACCAUGCCGAUGAUUGCAUCUACCCUGAUAUAUGCGAACAGCUUUCGUCAAAUGUUUGGACUUGAACAAAAUCAGACAUGGAAUGAUAUGGCAGAGAACGUUCUUAUAUCUAGGGAUCCUAGCUCUAGUAUCACAUUGGAAUAUACAACAAUGAACGGGAGCACCCAGGUUAAGCAGGCAGAUAUCGUUCUUAAUACUUUUCCUCUGCGGUAUACCGAAAAUUACUCGCCAGAGAAUGCGCUACUAGAUCUAGACUAUUACGCCGCGAAGCAAUCACCAGACGGUCCAGCCAUGACAUACGCGAUUUUCUCCAUCGUCGCAAACGAGGUAUCUCCAUCGGGCUGCUCCGCAUACACCUAUGCGCAAUACUCGUUUAGCCCAUACGUUCGAGCCCCUUUCUUCCAAUUCUCGGAGCAGUUGGUUGAUGACUGGUUAACCAACGGGGGCACUCAUCCUGCUUUUCCAUUUUUGACUGGAAAAGGCGGCGCGAAUCAAGUUGUUCUGUUUGGAUAUCUCGGUUACCGCCUUCUGCCUGAUUCCGUCCUUCACAUCGAUCCAAACCUACCUCCACAAAUUCCGCAUAUUAAUUAUCGAACGUUCUAUUGGCAUGGUUGGCCGAUUAAAGCUGAAUCAAAUUAUACACAUACGACAAUCCGACGUGCGCAACAUAGAACUGCCCUCCCAACGGCUGACCAACGCUUUGCAGAUGCACCCAUCCCGGUCCAUGUCGGCCCCGAAAGCAAUGUGACAGUAUACUCCUUGCCACCGUCUGGAGAUUUAGUUAUUCAGAACCGUCAGAUUGGCUCUAUCGAUACAUUUCCUGGAAAUCUCGUGCAGUGCCAACCCGUCAGCUCCCCACAUGAAUACUUACCUGGCCAAUUCCCCAUCGCUGCGGUUGACGGGGCGGCAUCGACCAAAUGGCAGCCCACCCGUGCCAAUAUGACGGCCUCACUUACCGUUACCUUCCCAGAGUCUGCGCUCUCCUCCAGCAUUUCUGGAUUUGGAUUUGAUUGGGCCCAAGCGCCUCCCCAAAAUGCCAAAGUCCUGCUGCACGAUUUUCCACUACCGCCCGUGUUAGAUAUCUUUGCUGAGAGCCCACCAGGCUCCAUCGUUGUAGCUGAUCUUUCUGAGAUAGCCGUGUCCGAUCCCUACAAGCCAAACGUGACGGACCUGAAUAAAAUUAUGCGCUACAAGGGCAAUACUACAAAUGUCACUCUGAGUUCACCGGUGCCAGUGACGAAGUUCGCGACACUCCUGAUUAGUGGGAACCAGGGUCUUGGGGAUGCUGAGAUUAAAGCCGGUAACGGUACUGGAGCCACUGUUGCGGAGUGGUCCAUUCUGGGUGCUGGUGGUCUUGGCUCAAAUGGCCGAGAGGACAAACCGGCCGUAAAUAAGUUCAGAAUUCGGGGUGUGCCUUGGACAAACAAGGUAUAGGAUAAAGGAUCUGGAUAUGCUUGUUGCAGCGAUUUAGUCCGAUAGCCCACGUCACUGAGGAUUGUCUCACUGAUAGCUCUAAAGCAAAACUAGAAGAUUAUUACAUAGAUCUGCUGC